AUGUACGAUCGCACCCAGGUCCACUACGGGCUCGCCCAGGAGAGGUCAGCAGCCACUCCCCCAGCACAAGACAGCCUACUGACCCUCAUGCACGCCUUCCCCCAAAGACCCGACGAGGACGACUGGGAGCCUCCCCAGCUCGACGGCCUGCCCGAGCUCCACAACAUCCGCCACCGCAUAUCGCUCGUCGAGGAGGAGAUCAGGUCGAAGGGCAAGCUCAAGCUCACCGGCCAUGUCAUCAUGGCCUGCCACGCCCUCCCCUACCUCUGCAACCUCCACCUCCACCCCGACCCCCCCGCCCCCAGCCACGCCCAGGAGCAGCCCCCCUCCCCCACCGUCCCGCUCACCCCCACAAACCCCCUCUUCCGCCAGUCGCUCGAGAUCAGACCGGGCGACCUCCUCACACACCCCCAGAGCCUCCACUCCCCCACCUGCUCCCCCAUCCCCUCCUCCGGCAUCCUCUCCGCCUCAAAGACCAGCUCCCUGCUCGACACGGCGCCUCCAGCCCCCAACUCGGUCACCCAGCCGGCCCCCAAACCGGCCCCGUCCAUCGGCCCCAACCGCACAAAUCACCGCCUCCAUCCUCCUCCUCCACCACCGCCGCCAACUGGCACGGCCGAGCAGGAGCAGGAGCAGGACGAGCCGGCGUUCAAGUGGAUCCUCGAGCCGCGGAGAGGGCAUGCCGCCCUCAAUGCGGGCAUCAAGUCGCUCUCCAACUACCGCUCGAUCACCCUGUGUGCCUAUCCCGCCGACGUCCGCAUCGCCACCAGCGCCGCCGACCUGCCCGAGCCCAUCGAGGCCAGCAAGCUCUCCGAGACCCAGAAACUCAGCCUCGACGCCGGCCUCCGCCAUCUCGCUCGAGCCGACCAUCCCCCCGCCGCCGAAAGCCCCAAGAGAGGCAUCGAAUGCGUGCCCGUCUGGGUCGGCGAUCGCUCCGCCGGCUUGCACUACGAAGGCUUCUGCAAAAAAUAUCUCUGGCCGAUAUUCCAUUACAUGCCCUUGUCGGAACACCAGGACAAGAAGGAAGAGAACCUGGCCUGGAAGGCGUACGAGGAAGUCAACUACGCAUUUGCGGAGCGGAUCGCCAGUGUCUACCAGCCGGGCGACCUGAUAUGGAUCCAAGAUUACCAUCUGCUCUUGGUCCCCCGCAUGCUCCGGAAGAUGCUGCCCAAAUGCCACGUCGGCUUGUUCCUACACUCGCCGUUCCCGUCGAGCGAGUUUUUCCGCUGUCUGCCCCGGCGAGAGGAGAUCCUGGACGGGAUGCUGGGCGCGGACCUGCUUUGUUUCCAGACUUAUUCGUACGGCAGACACUUCAUCUCCGCCUGCAUCAGAGUCAUGGGCCUCGAGUCCGUCGGCAACGGCAUCGAAUGCAACGGGAUGAUCACCGACAUCACCUACUGUCCGAUCGGCAUCGAUGCCGACCGGAUCGAACUCGAAAAACAAUUGCCCGGCGUGCAGCCGAAAAUGGACGCAUUGCGAAAGCUCUACGAGGACAAAAAGAUCAUCAUUGGCCGGGACAAGCUCGAUCCCACCAAGGGCGUGCUUCACAAGCUCAAAGCGUUCGAAUACCUGCUGAAAAAUUACCCCCACUGGCGGAACCGGGUGGUGCUCAUCCAAGUCACCUCGCCCUCGCCCACCGACUCGCCCCAGCUUGCGACCAAGAUCUCCGAGCUAGUCGACCACAUCAACGCCACCUAUGGUACCUUGCACUUCCAGCCGGUGCACCACUACCACCAGACGAUCGAACGCGAUGAAUACUUCGCGCUCCUGUCCGUGGCCGAUCUCGCCGUGAUCACGUCGAUCAGAGACGGCAUGAACACGACGUCCAUGGAGUACACUAUAUGCCAGGAAGAGAACAAGAACCCGCUCAUCUUGUCCGAGUUCACCGGCGUCACCGGGUCCAUGAAAGCCGCCGUCAAAGUCAACCCUUGGGACCUCGGCGAUGUCGCGCGGGCGAUCGACCAAUGUUUGAACAUGUCGCAGGAGGAGAAAGUGCAACGACAUGCGCAAUUGUACAGUCGCGUCAAGUCCCAUUCGUCCUCUGUUUGGGCCAGCACACUGUUGCUCCAACUCCUCCAAUGUCUCCGCAGCGAUCAGACGAAGGAAUCCGUCAAGUUGUUGGACGAGCAGGAUAUGAUGAAGAAGUACAAGCAGGCCAACAAGCGCUUGUUGCUCUUCGACUACGACGGCACGUUGACGCCGAUUGUGAAGAACCCGAAGGACGCGGUGCCGCCUCCGGGGCUGAUCGAGGCGCUCGAGAGACUGUGUGCGGACGAGCGGAACAUCGUCUACAUCAUCUCCGGCCGCGACGGCUCCUUCUUGCAAAAACACCUCGGCGCCAUUCCCGGCCUCGGCAUGUCCGCCGAACACGGCUGCUUCCUCCGCGAACCCGGCGCCAAGGAGUGGAUCGACCUUACCGAAAACAUCGACAUGAGCUGGAUGGACGAUGUCGAGGAGAUCUUUAAAUAUUACGAGGCUCGCACGUUGGGCGCUUUUGUCGAGAAGAAGCUGUCCAGCGUCACGUGGCAUUACCGGAACGCCGAUCCCCAGUUCGGCCUAUUCCAAGCCAAAGAAUGUCAAGCGUUACUAGAGAGCUUGCAAGAGCGGAUGCCGAUCGACAUCCUGAAGGGGAAGAAGAACAUCGAGUGUCGACCGGCGCACACGAACAAGGGCGAGAUCGUGAAGCGGCUGUUGUACACGAGCCCGGAUGUGGAGUUUGCGUUAUGUGUGGGGGACGACAAGACGGACGAGGACAUGUUCCGGGCGCUGAAGAUGCUGCGGUCGAAUGCGUCGUUGGACGGGCAUGGGGACGGGGCGGGGGGCCAUUCGACGACGAUCGACCCGCCCCAGACCCUGUCCCUGUACCCGAUCCUUGCCCGCUCGUCCUCGAUCGGCCCCGGCCAACGGCUGUCGACCGACGGCGGCGGCGUGGCGGGGACGUCUACGGGGCCAGCCAAGCGGCCGAUCCGGCGCCGAUACUCCUCCAACACGAGCAUGCACACCAGCUUCUCGGCCCAGCCCAGUCCCGUCCCGCCCGUCCCGCCGAUGAUCCCCAGUCUUCCAGCUGUGUCCGGCACCUCCCAGCCCAUGAAACCCUCGCCCUCCGCCCCCUCCGCCGCCUUCCUCCCCUCCCCCAAGCUCCAGCCCGUCCAGUCCGUCCUCGAGCCCGAGUCCAUCUUCUCCCUCGUCAUCGACGAAAACGCCUCCCGCAAAACCCUCGCCGAGUAUCGCCUCGACCGCCCCCUCCAGCUCGUCGCCGUCCUCGCUACCCUCUCCUUGCUCUCCUCGCCUUAA